CGGCAGAUUUGGCCGCUUCGUUGUCGCAUUUCGUGGAGGCCGUCCGGCGGGGGCAGCGGGGCGCGUCGGCUACAUUGGAGGCGGCGGGCAAGUUGCGCGAAGCGCUUGCCCAAGAUUUCGACGCGCCCAAGGCCAGGUGCCACAGGAAGAGGCCUGCUGACGAGGAAGCCCCAAGGCUGGAACUUCUUCGCAGGAGGCUCAAAGAGGCCAUGCGCUUGAAGCGCAAAGCCGAGCGGGAACUCGCUGCAGAGCGCGGGCCGAGGCAACAGGGUCGAAUUCACGAUUUGUGGACGGUCCGGGCGGCCCUGGCCAAACCGACCGUGCCCGCCGCCGUGCUGUCCGACAUGUUCAGGGAUUUUUCGCUCGUGGAGAAGAAGCAGAUGAGCCACCCCCGCAUCAGCCAGGUCCGUGAUGCCUUUGCUGAGCAGGUCAAAAAGAUGAAUUGUGACCAGAUCGCGCGAGCUGCGCGACAGGUCAGCGGGCCUUCUCGCAGCGCUAUUUUGUUCCAUAUACACGACGAGGCGCUGAUGCGCAUGCGGUCUGUCUCCGUAGACCCGGAUGCCGCGUACAGGUUGGGCAUUGGCGCGGAGAGGGCUCGGAGCUCCAAAAUCCAGGGCCACGCCUUGGAGUUAUGUGUGGGGGGCGUGGGCGUCGAAGUUUUCUCGGAACUGGGUCCCAUGCUGAGGAAAGACGCCCCCACCAUUGCCACGACACUGAUUCGACAGGUCCAGCGCAUCAUCGAGGCCAUGCAGGCGGGCGGGGCGGCAGGUGACGGCACGCGCGCCCCGGAUCGGUUCGUCCACCUGCUUGUCGGCGACGGCAUCGGCACCAACGACGCGGCCGCCAAGCGCAUUUGGGAGUUCUUGCGGAAAUAUUGCAAGGAGAAAGGUAUGCAGCACAGGUUGGCGGUGUGGGUGUGCGGGAGCCACGCCGCCAAUUUGGUCGUGCACGCAGCAAUCUGCGGCGCGAUCCUGCCCAACCCCGUGCAUUCCAGCCGCCUUCUGGGGACGUGCUCGCGUUUGCUCAAGUACUUGGUCCCUGACUACCAGGCCGAAUUCCACAUGAAUCUUCGGAGGUGGGUGGUGGACCGUUUGCGCCUGGUGCCCGCGCCCGACGGCGGGCCGCCGCCAGUGCCCCAGGCAAACCUGGACCUGCAGACGUUGUACGGCGCGGCCGCCUUGCCCGACGAGCUCCUCGCCUUGUGGAACCGGGGGUUCGGCGUCUUCGAGCGCGCCGUCCCGCCAGGAGCCGACGUGGAGCUCGCGCAGGCCAAGGCCUACCGCCUGCCGUCGAGGCACCUGCUGAGGGUUGACGACAAGCCAACGAUUACAAGGUUUUUCACGUUUGCGGAGUCCGUGUUCUGCCUCUUGCGCUGGGCGCUGUUCCAGCUGCCCCGCGGCUUCGUGGGGGCUGGCGCCGCGGUUCCGCAGAAGCAGAACUCGAAGCGACUGGGCGCCGUGCUCGAGUACAUGGCGAGCGCGGCCGAGUCCAAACAGCUCAGAAAGAUUGCGAUCUGUCUUCGGUUGAGUUUGGUUGCUGUGUCCCUAGCGUCGAGAAAGCAGGGUUGCGGCGGCCGCGUUGGCGAAGAUCCCAUACUUGUUCAGCUCGGCAGAGGAUUCGUCCAGGAUCGCGCGGUCCAAGAGUUCCGCGCCAUCGUCCCUGCCUUCGGCGCCGAUCCCGUCUUGGACCGCGUGGACUGCCUGAAGGGCCUGCUGACGACGUUGGGGCACGUCUGA